AAAAAAGCACUUCAGUUAAAAUUCUCGUGGGAACAACAUCCAUGAAUAAUAUAUGUCAUUGAAAAUAUUCAUAAAAAUUCUGGGAAUAAUGAAUAAAACUUUAAAAAGUUAAACUAGUUUGAUAAAACGAAAAAAAAUGUCUUGUCAAGCCUGCAACUCAACUCCUUCCUGUUCUUCACGAAUGCUGGCCGCUCCGCCGCCCUGUCCUGCUGGUCCAUGCUGUCCACGACCAUGUCCACCUUCGGCUCAAUGCACAGUUACGGUACCACCAGCUCCCAUACCGCCACCCAAAGUUUACGUCCCCAAGAGGCCAUGUUGCAGACCUGGAUGUUUCCACAAGCCUCGUCCCUUGUGUUGUCGAUACUUAUACUGGCGUUUACCAUGUAAAGCUCAUUGCUUUGAGGUUUGGUAGCUUCUUUUUUUUAGUCGUGAAAUCAGCUAGGAUGGAUUCGUAUACCAUAAUGCCUUCUCCUAACAACGUCUUGUCUUGCAUGAUAUUAUAAAUGUAAGUUACUACAUCACUAAUAUAUACAUUUAAAAAUAAAAACUAGUAUCGCAGUUGACACAGUACUUUUUUGAAAUUACUUUUUUCCACAUUGGGAGAAUAUGAAGGAAAUGAAAACUAGUGUUUGUCCCAUUUUAAUUAUUUUAUAAAAAUAUAAACUUACUUAUUAUAGUAAUAGUAAACGAAUGACUCAAUUGCAUAUUAAC